ACGUCAAACAAUCGAGCCCUAACUUGAGACUGAGAGUCUGAGACUAACACACAGAAUCUUCAAAACCCACCACCCUUGCCCACGCAGCUCGCAGGUCCAUUUGUUUUCUCUCUUUCUCUCUCUCUACUGUUAUGAUCAAAGCUCAUUCAAUCUCCUCCCUUUGAAAACUCGGUUUUGUUGUACUGUGUGUCUCUGUGUUGGGUCCCUUUGGUUUAUGGCAUACACUGAUGUCAUAAAUUUGUUGUUGGCCGUGGCUGUUUGGUGCACUGCUUACAUUACCGUUGCAGUUCUCGCUUCCUUUCGCGCCGUCAAUUAUCUUUGCACUUUCUGAAGCUUUGGAAGGGUUUUUCUUGCAAUUUGAUUAUCUACCAUGGGUUAUGCACAACUUGUUAUAGGACCUGCUGGUAGUGGCAAGUCUACGUAUUGCUCGAGUUUGUAUGAACACUGUGUAGCUGCGCGGCGGACAAUACAUAUUGUGAACCUGGAUCCUGCUGCUGAAAAUUUUAACUAUCCUGUUGCGAUGGAUAUAAGGGAACUUAUUUCCUUGGAUGAUGUUAUGGAGGAACUUGGAUUGGGUCCUAAUGGUGGUCUUAUGUACUGCAUGGAACAUCUUGAAGAUAACCUAGAUGAUUGGCUCACUGAGGAACUGGACAAUUAUCUAGAUGAUGAUUACUUGGUUUUUGAUUGCCCUGGUCAGAUAGAACUUUAUUCACAUGUGCCAGUGCUUAAAAAUUUUGUGGAACAUUUGAAACGGAAAAAUUUUAAUGUUUGUGCUGUGUACUUGCUAGAUUCACAGUUCAUGACAGAUGUGACCAAAUUUAUAAGUGGAUGCAUGGCUUGCCUUUCUGCAAUGGUUCAACUUGAACUACCUCAUGUUAAUAUCCUCUCAAAAAUGGACCUUGUGACUAACAAAAAGGAUCUUGAAGAUUUCUUGGAUCCAGAGCCCACCUUUUUACUGUCUGAAUUGAAUCAACGGAUGGGUCCUCAAUAUGCAAAGUUGAAUAAAUCUUUGAUUGAAUUGGUGAAUAAUUACAGCAUGGUGAGUUUUAUACCACUGGACUUGAGGAAGGAGAAAAGUAUACAAUAUGUACUGGCCCAAAUUGACAACUGCAUCCAAUAUGGAGAAGAUGCAGAUGUCAAGGUUAAGGAUUUUGACCCUGAGGAUGAGGAUGAGUAGCGAAUUGCCUUCUGCAGCUCUGGUUGGUGUGAUUGAAUGUUCAAUCUUAACGUCAACAUAAUGGUGUAUGAAGCUCACGUUGUUAAUAUAUAGUAUCUCAUUGGAUUGUUUUAAUGUGAAUUGGGAAAGUUGAAAAUCUAUACAAUUUAUCAUCCAAAUGGGAAGAAAAAUUGGCAAGGGUGCUUGGUCAGGUCAAUCUCUUGCCAUCACUCACUGCUUACAUGGUUGCAAGAUGAAACGCAUUUUGACCCCAUUAAAGUUGGUUAGUAUUUCU